AUGAAUGCUGACGUCGACUCGCUUCCUGAACCGACCGAGAUCCAGCGGCAAAAAGGUUGGAAACGCGAUUACACGGCAGUGUGGGCCGAACAUGCCGACGUCAUGAAGCAAAUCGUUGCGGAAAAACGCACCAAGGCUUUGAACAACUUUCAAACGGAGCAGCACGUCGUGAGUGGCACGAAAAUGACAAUUUAUGAUUUCACAGGCGGAGUACACGUCACGAGAGCGAAAAAUAUGGCUCGACGUGACGAGUUGGCGCACGAAGAAGAACGACUGAAAGAAUGGAAGCGUGUGAAUCAAUCGCCAUAG